CACACUCUUUUACAGAAAAUCAAUUUGAUUUGGGUGCAGAGAAGAUGGAUCGUAUCGGAAGUCUCCCUGACGAGGUUCUUUCUCAUAUACUCUCUUUCCUCACAACAAAGGAAGCUGCUUUAACCUCGAUUCUCUCCAAAAGAUGGCGUAAUCUGUUUACACUCGUCCCUAACCUCGACAUUGACGACUCUGUGUUUCUUAUUCCGGAAGAGGGUAAGCGAGAAAGAGACGGUAUCCUUCGAAGCUUCUUGGAUUUCGUGGAUAGGGUUCUAGCUUUGCAAGGUGAUACCCCCAUCAAUAAAUUCUCCUUGAAAUGCAAAACUGGUAUCGACACAGAUCGUGUGAAUCUUUGGAUAUGUAAUGUCCUCCAACGUGGCGUUACAAGCCUUGAACUUGUCCUCGAUUUUCCUAGAAUCGGUGAUGACGAUUUUAUGUAUUUACUGCCUGAUGAGAUGUUUGUUAGUAGCACACUGGUGGAGUUGAGUUUAAGAAGCGAGUUCGGUGUUGAUUGGUGGCAAGGAGGUACAAACACUUUCUUACCAAUGCUCAAGACUCUCACCUUCGAAUCUACGUGGAUUCUGUUGUGCGAUGAUCUUCAGGAGUUCCUCUCUGGUUUCCCUGUUCUUGAGGAGUUCUACAUGGCUGAGAUUGAGUGGCCUCAGUCGGACCAAUCCGUGUCGAGUGAAAGCCUUAGUAAGUUAACUAUCUAUGCCGGCGGUUUCGAAGACUUUUGGAAUCCGAAAAACAUUUCUUUUGAUACUCCCAGUCUCGUUUACCUUGAGUAUUCUGAUUUUGUUGCCGCGGAUUAUCCCAAAGUCAACUUGCCCAAUCUAGCUGAGGCUGUACUCAUCCUUAAGGUAACUAGGGAUCAGGUUGAUUUAAUACGAGCACCAGAUGACGAAGAUGAUGUUUCUCUACGUCUUGGAAAUGUUUGGAAGCUCAUAAGUGGCUUAAGAAAUGUGAAUAAGCUUUUCUUUUCUGCUGAGUCUCUUGAGGUACUUUCUCUAUGCUGUGAGUCGAUGCCGGUGUUCAACAACCUCAAAUCUCUACAUAUUACUUGUGAUGCGGAUCUGGGAUGGCAAGCGAUGCCGGCUCUCUUAAGGAACUGUCCCCAUUUAGAAACUUUAAUCCUCAAGGGUCUCUUACACCAUGUGACUGACAAGUGCGGGGAUGCUUGCGACUGUAUAACUCGGGAGGACAAAGGUCGUUCACUUUCAUCAUGUCCAGUGAAGAAGUUGCAGAUCAGAGGGUUUAAAGGAACAGUUAGAGAGAAAGAGAUGAUAAGGCAUUUCUUGGAGUCUUUCCCAUGUUUGGAUGAGAUGGAAGUAUAUGCCGCAGGCCAGAAUAAUGAUAAUGAUCCUACAAACGUGGAAGUAAAUAGAAUUUAUAAAAUCAUUGCAUACAAGGUCCACGCGGAGGAGAUUUCUACUGAUACUGUGCUACAGUCUGAGAGUAUGUCCCAAACCCAGAUGGAGGAGAUCUCCUCUCAGUUUACACCCCGCAAUAACAGAAAUAAGUACGAUUUUGUUUACAUCUUGCAUGGAUCUCCUCCUCCACCGCAGGAUAUGUCUCAGGACUACCUUAAAGAACAGCUUGAUGCUGCUAAGACCAAACUUGCAGAACUUAAUGAGGAAUAUAAGGAAAGGCAACGAGUCCAUGAUGCUAAUGAGGAAUAUAAGGAAAGGCAACGAGUCCAUGAUGCUAUGUUUGAUAGAAUUGUUGAGCAGUACCCGAUGAUAGCAUCGGCAUUGAAGGCUCGACAAGCUGCAACAGACUCUGAGGGGUCAGAGGCGUCUAACGAUCAGGAGAAGAAGCGGGACGUCGAGGCUCUGUUGGAAAUCAUGGCGGACCUGUAUCCAGAUUUUGCAUCAGCGCUGAGGGCUAUGCGUGGGACUGACUUAGAGCGAGGGGAGCCGUCGAGAGAUCAGGGGGAGAUGGCCAAGCUCGACCAACCUACGUCCACAGCUAUGGCAGCAGAUCUUUUACCACGAGAUGGACACUAGAUUUAUGAUUGUGCUUUUUAUUGUAAAACUUAUACUCCUCCGUUUCAUUUUAUUUGUCGUUUUAGACUUA